AUGCGGCGGCACGAGGAUGAAGACCCCAAGUUCGCACCAAGGCCGAUAGUUUUGAUCACGGGAGGGACCGGUGCGGUGGGACUCGGGAUAUGCUUGAGGUUUUUAUACCAGUUAUCUCAGCCGUUUCAGCUGGACCUAUCAUCACCAUAUCAUCUCCAAUCUGAGCAGGAGAGGAGGGAAGAGAUCGAGCGAGAGAAGGACGAGUUGGAGGGGGAUUACCAGUCGAUAUAUGCGACUCCGAACGGUUUGACCUUACUCGUGGGAUGUCGAAGUGAAAUCAAGUUUCGGGCGACGCAGAUCGAACUCGAGAAGGGCCUCCGGAAUUUGAUCGAGGCCGAGGGAAAGCACGAGCAGGAUGCGCUCAUGUUCAGCUACAUCGACCGCCAGUCCGGACAAGUCGAGACGAUGAGCUUCUACGAGUAUCGAUCUCGUUGGCUGGAUCAGUUGACUAUCGAGUGGAUACCCAUGGACCUCUACCGUGCCCAGUCGGUCGUCGAUGCCGUCAAACUGGUCAACGAACGAUACGGCUAUCUCACUCAUCUCUUGCUGAACGCUGGUGGUGGGCCGUUCGUAGGGAUCGACUGGAUCGGGCUUGUCAAAGCGUUCCUCCGUAACUUUUUGAAUGCACUCACAUAUCCAGAUUACUUGAUUCAAGCAACAGAAGUGACAGAGACGGUCGACGGAAUUCCAGAAACCUGGCAAUUGAAUGUGUUUAGUCAUUACUUACUGGCGCGGGAAUCACUGCCAUUGUUGGCCAAAGGGUCGAAGCGAUCAUCGAGUCGGACAAGAAUUAUCUGGACAGGUUCACUGGACGGCCAGCCAGCCUUCUUCGACAGAAAAGAUCUCGAAUGCUUCCAUUCGACUGCCCAUGCUUACCAAAGUACCAAGUAUCAAUCCGAACUCGUCGGCCAAGCUUUCCAAGACAUCAUCGCCAAGCACGGCCUCGAUUCUUCCGUCGUCAGUCUUGUCGCCCACCCCGGCGUCGUCGCGGGGAACAUGUUCUUACCAAUCAUAGGAAGAUUGAUGGACACUAUGAUGAGAUGGGUCUUUUACUUUGCCCGUCUAGUGCUAGGCUCGCCGCAUCAUUUGAUCGACGCCUACCUGGCCGCACUCGUAUGGACCAAACUAUGUCUCACAGCUGAUCACAUCACCAGCGCACGAUCGGAAGGUAACCGGGAUGGAGGUAGGGCAGACGCGGGUCGGAGCAGUCGGCAUCUUCGGUUCGGCGCCGAAUGUAACCGUUGGGGACGGCCUUACGUUGUGCAGGAGGAUUGCGGCAUCGUAGAAGAUCUGGCCGAUCAGCGCCUCAUCGACCAACGCUUGGUUAUUGAUCAUUGUGAUCGCAAAGCUAACGCCUUAAUGCGUCUUUGGGCCUCCUAG